AUGGAUUUGGAGGAGUUCGAUGGCCUAGAUAAAAUAGCGCGCAACCCUACUUGGUCAAAAACCACCAACCUGGAUCCUGGCAGUAUUCUUAAGGAGGCUGACGAAAAAUGGUACAUAAAAGCAUCCCGUGCGGCUCGAUGGAUGGAUUUGCUGGGAGAUUAUGCUGGUAGUGAACCGUUCAUCAUCGAUGGUGAAUCCCUCUUGCAGAUCGUCCUCGAUGAUCCUCUGCUUGCGAUUGGUCGCGAAGAUGAAUGCAGCUUUCAAAUACUCCACGCCUACCACAGUCUUGAACGCCUUUUGGCUGAGUUUGUCCAACGGUCUGCAAAUUUCGACAUCGUUUUCUGGAGCGUCAAUCGACAUCUAACUUUGAAAACGGGCGAUUCGCAGUUCAUAGUUUCAUCUAGAUCCUUGGCGCGGGUGUUGCUGUUCAACCAUCUCUUGAAGCUGGACAUUCCAGUGCACUCUUUUAACGAUCUAGAUGAUCCUCUAUGGAAAAGAUACGAGGCGAUCAAGAAGCCAAUGUUUGUUAUGAUGAACGACGGCGGACUAUGUAAGGAUCGAAGGCCGUUUGCUGCUCAAAUUAUCUUGUGUCAACGUAUCUUUUUGUUCAAACUCCUCAAUCGAGGAUCUGCGGUAACCCUUCUAAAAGGUGCAGAGUAUCGCGAUUCAAAGAUCAUGUCGUUUGUCUAUGAACCGAGGUGGAACAUUCACGUGGAUGAUGUGUUCCCGGAGGAUUCAUUCUUAAAAGCACAAACAUCUUUAAACGACCGACUGUCCCGACAAGCUGGUUGCAAGCAUGCCCUACUCUUCGUCCCGGACCAAGAUUCAGUCCCAACAUCCACCACCGAAGUCGUCAACCAAAUUUCGCAAAGGCUAUUAAAGGAAUUACGCCGGAGCGUUCGCCCGGAGCUCCUCUACCUAUUCAUUGUUCACUGCCUCUUACUUCCGUCAUUGUCAGUGCGCGAACGAGCGCGAUCGCUAGAGGCUCUUCCUCUCGAGAUCACGUCCAUCUUAUCCCAAAAACUCCUACCCACAUUCUUCUUUGACGCCGCCCAAUUCCUAUCGUCAUCUCAUGCCGCAUUUGAUUUUGAUGGACGAGUCUUUAUCUCUAUGAUUAGAUUUCUCCUGUCCAAUCACUCUGUAAAUGUCGAGGACCUCAUUGGGCAGGCACUGUACCGGGAUUCUCAGCGGAUUUGGCAAGGGCUAGGUCUACCUUUACCCAACUUUUCCAGAUUUGCGCUACUGUUCCAGAUUCCUGUUCUUGUUGCCGAGCCAGCGUCAGUCCGACCACACAUCCGGAUACAGAGGCUGGAGGAGCAGAAGGGGGAAGGAGGAGAGCAUGACCAAACUCAGGGUCAGCAGAAGAUAGACCAGGAUCAGCGGAAGCAGGACCAGGAGGAAGACAGGAUGGAGGAAAUCGAGCAGAAGGGGGAAUGGUCGUGGGAGGACGAUGACGACGACGAAGUGAACGAAAAGGAAGAGGGACAGCAGGUGAAGGACGUGACGGAGGAAGAGGAGGUUGGAUAUUUCCACCUUCUUCCUUUUAGCAAUCCCGUAUUCGACGAGGAGCUAUCUUUGGUCCGGGUGCCUGUGAAGGCAAGCGUCGAGCCCGACCCACUCGGAUACUCGGACUUUGGUCAAGGAGUCUUGUUCUCGGAUACACAGCAUUGGCACAAUCAAAAGGCCAUUUUGCCCAGUCAUCUUGGUGGCGAGACCCCGAAGCCAGUCGAUGAGCGGAUGAAGCGUCGCCACCUCAGGUCCGAGCAGCGUUUCAUGAACUCGCUCCAAUCACAAGCAGCCACCAUCAUGGGGGCAGCGGGCAAGACUCUGCAGCAGAUCGUUAUCCCCGUUGUAGGGACUCGGGUUUCAUCUGUGGGUCACCUUCAAAACAUGAAAGAACAACGGGGAAGUAAGAAAGACAAGGCUCCAAAGUUAUCAUCAAAGGACAAGCUGCUGCAAUCGAUCAAGCAAAAGAAGGAAACCAUUCAGGACGACUCUUCUCAAACGUGGUGGAAAGAGAAACUUGCGUCUCUUUCUGGCAUGACGCUGUCUGAACGGAUCGAGGUGACAAAGGCUCUUUUCCGCAACAAGAGGAUGGACGAGGGCGCUUUAGCCUUGGAGUUUCGGCUUUACAGACUCAAUCUCGAGCUUAACAAGUGGAUUGAGGAGCCUAAACGAGAGUCGCCUGCCAUCCGAGAUCUGUAUACAGUCUCUGUCAUGCGGAUGGUGAAAGAUAUCGCCGAUCGAAAUGCCAUUACAGCGACAGCAGCGAAGAUCCUUUCCUCCGUUUUGACUGCUCUCGGUUUCGACAAAUUGGUUUCUCGUCUGUCACGAGAAACAGAUGGAUUGCAAGAUCGGCCUUUGAGCUUCCCAUUUGUCAAACUCGUCAAGUCGAAAACGAAUACCCCAUACUAUAAUUUUAUGUCAAUCACAGAGCAUCCCAUUGUUUGGCAGCUGCGCCUCUUUGGUGAAUUCAUGGACCGAAGCAUGGAUAGUCAACCUGAUACACGUGUUUCAUUCGAUCCCGAUGGAUGGCAACGUCAAGUGUUGGACUCCAUUGACAAUGGUCAUUCUCUUUUGGUUGUUGCUCCAACGAGUGCAGGAAAGACGUUCAUAUCAUAUUAUGCGAUGGAGAAGGUUCUGAGGGAAUCGGACGACGGAAUUCUCGUUUACGUGGCGCCGACCAAAGCGCUCGUCACACAGAUUGCCGCCGAAGUAUAUGCACGAUUCAGCAAGAGUUUAGUGGGCAAGAGUUGCUGGGCUGUGCAUACGCGCGACUAUCGGAUUCAUGACCCUCUGAAAUGCCAAAUUUUAGUAACGGUUCCGGAAGUGUUGGCGAUUAUGUUGCUCUCCCCGCCACUUGCUCGUGUAUGGACCCCACGAAUUAAGAGAAUUGUGCUGGACGAGAUUCAUUCGAUCGGCCAGCAACAAGGAGGUGCUGUGUGGGAACAGAUUCUCUUGCUGGCACCCUGUCCUAUCAUCGGUCUUUCAGCUACAAUAGGCUCCCCAGAAACCUUCAAUGCCUGGCUCCAGUCUGUUCAAGAGGCUCAUGGAUUCGAACACGCUUUCAUUGAGCAUCCACAUCGUUACUCUCACCUGCGCAAGUUCUAUUAUGCAAUUACUAGCGGAGAAAGAUUUACCAGUUUAGACGACCACCAAGCGACUUCGCGUAGCAGGUUCCUACAUCCUAUCAGCAUGCUUUUCCCAGGUAUCCGGUCACUCCCAAAUGAUCUUUCACUGGAGGCCAAGGACACGUUAUCCCUUUUCUACGCCCUACGUGCAAUUGAAAGUAACAUCAUCGAAGAAGAUCUACAGCAUCUGGAUCCGGUCAGUUACUUCCGGGCAACGCAAGGGCUCCUUCGGCAAGCCGACAUUUUGAAUUACGAAUCAGAACUGAAACAACUCCUCGCAAAGUUAAUUGCAUCGUCAGACCCGAGAGACGAAAUUUCACCCUUGACCAGUGUGAUUCGAACUCUACGGGAUCCAGUGAUAGCUCAGAUGUCUCUUCAGGAAUUGAAUUCUACGCCGUCGCGGACGAACUUCAAAGAGAGCCUGAUAGUUCUAUUAGCCGAUCUUCAUGUCAAGGAAGAGCUGGUAAGCAAGCUGCUCGCCAGCAAUCGCCCGCUAACAGAAUUCAUCCCACUUCAGCCCGCGAUCUUGUUCAACUUCGACCGCUCUGGCUGUGAACACUUGGCGCAAAUUUUAAUUGAAACAUUAGAACGUGCUGAAUCUGACUGGCGAAGGGAGAGCCCAGAGUGGAAGCAGAAGAUUAAAAGAUGGGAGGCCUGGAAGCAUCAAGCGAAAGAUCGCGAGCGAACAGCAAAAAGGCUGAUGAAGCAGAAGAAACCCGAUGGGGAGGAUCAUUUGGACGUCCCCACCCCAUCUUGGGAGAGUUCCUUUGACCCGUCCGACCCUUCGCAGGCGUUCUCUUUCACCUCCGUCCACACAUCCUAUUCGAAGGCAGAGCUUGCAAGGGACAUUCGAAAGAUAUCCUUUGCUAACAUCCCGGAGUGGGCCAUCAGCGCCUUGAAAAGGGGAAUCGGAGUCCACCAUGCCGGAAUGAAUAAGCAUUACAGGAGUCUCGUGGAAGGGUUGUUUCGACUGGGGUUUAUCCGUGUCAUCAUCGCAACGGGCACUUUGGCAUUGGGUAUCAACGCACCCACCAGGACAUCCGUGUUCUGCGGUGACUCGCCAUAUCUGACCGCGUUGAUGUAUCGACAAUGCGCUGGUCGUGCCGGUCGUCGCGGAUACGAUCUUUUGGGAAAUGUUGUGUUCUAUGGUCUUCCCAUGGACCGUAUUCAACGUUUGAUUCUAUCGAAGCUUCCUUCAUUAGGUGGAACCUUCCCACUGACCUCCACGAUGAUAUUACGGCUCUUUAACCUGCUGGAGGGUUCGAAGUAUGCACCAGUAGCUGUUAAGGCCAUAAAAAGCAUGCUGUCCCUUCCUCGCAUCGGCUUUGGAUCCGAUCUAGGGAGGCACCAGCUUCUCCAUCACCUGCGGUUCAGUAUUGAGUAUCUCAGGCGCAGCUAUCUUGUUAAUGAAACAGGAAAACCCAUGAAUCUCUUUGCAGUUGCAGCACACUUAUACUACACUGAACCAAGCAAUCUGGCACUCGUUACCCUGCUGCGGCAUGGUGCAUUACACAAAAUUAGCCGGCUGCCGAGUUUCGAUCUCGCGAAGCGAGAGUUCGUCCUCCUAAUGUGCCAUCUUUUCGGUCGACGUUACCUCUCGCCUGUCUUUGCCAAUCGCAGACAUCUUCAGGAACUUACCCGAAGAUAUCCAUCCAUGGUAAUUCUACCCCCAAUUUCAGACCAUGCACGAGCAAUCCUACAUCGCCAUGAUGAAGAAAUCCUUCGAAUCUUUACGGGAUACGCUCUUGCCUACGCAGAAGAACAUGAGGCUCAGAUCGGGCCGGGUACGCGACUGCCGCUCAGCAACGUGGACUACUCUAGAUGCGCUGAUGCUUCAUCAUCCCAAGUUAUCAAGUACCUCCAAAGUACUGCCAACCAUGUGGUUGCUCGCUCCAUUUUCGUCGCCACCUCAGGCCACUGCGAUCUUUUUGGAAGCAUCAACGAGCUUACCCAGACGGUUCGGCAGGGUCUCCAUCUCCACAAUCAUGCUAUACCCUCCAUGGAACACUUGAUUACUCAGGUUGACGAGGACAAUAGCUCCCAGCACGAUCUCAACGCCUAUCUUUUUGACUUUUACAUUCACGGUCAAGUGAAGACAUUGGAAACGGCGAAUGGCAUCAGACGAGGCGACAUCUGGUAUCUCUUACAAGAUUUCACCCUGACGCUUGCGACGGUCAAGGCGGCCUUGCAGCAGCUUUUGCUGAAAACGUCAAGCGAAGUUGCCUCUCAACGCGAUGACCUAGAAGAAGGUGGGGAAACCCACGCUGUUGACCCCGAUGAGGGUGACACAGAUGAAGACGACGGAGAAGAAUCCGAUUUCGUGAGGCCAUCGGCAAUUUCAAGUACUGACUGGAAGGUUUAUGAAGUUGUUCGCGAUGUGUACAAGGAAUUUAACGAGAAAUUCCGGGAUAUGUGGGCUUAA